AUGCUUUUCCCUGCAGCGCUCAGUUGUGGGGUGCCCACCUACCAGCCUGUGGUAUCCCGAGUGGUCAAUGGGGAGGACGUGGUUCCACACAGUUGGCCCUGGCAGGUUUCCCUGCAGUACCUGUAUAAUGGCUACUGGUAUCACACGUGUGGGGGGAGCCUUGUGGCAUCCAACUGGGUUCUAACUGCGGCUCACUGUAUCAGCUCAUACAAUACUUACAGAGUGCAGCUCGGGAAACACAAUCUCCGAUACGUUGAAUCCGGACAGAAAAUCAUCAACGUCAUCAAACUUAUCAACCAUUCAAGAUGGGACCCAAACAGUCUCUCCAAUGGCUUUGAUAUCUCACUCAUAAAACUGGAGGAAAGUGUGGAAUUCAGUGACACCAUCCAACCUGCCUGUUUGCCCCCAGCUGGUUCCAUCCUCCCACACCAAUAUGGCUGCUACGUUACAGGCUGGGGCAAUAUAAGAACCGGUGGCCCAGAGCCAGAUAUUCUACAGCAAGGGCUUUUACUGGUUGUGGACCAUGAAAACUGCUCCCAGUGGGACUGGUGGGGAGAUGGUGUACGGACCAACAUGAUCUGUGCUGGGGGGGACGGCAUCACCUCAAGCUGCAAUGGGGACUCAGGAGGACCACUUAACUGCAGGAACACUCAUGGAGCUUGGGAGGUCCAUGGAGUGGUCAGUUUUGGCUCAUCCCUAGGGUGCAAUUAUUCCAAGAAACCCUCAGUCUUCUCUCGUGUCUCAGAAUUCAACAGCUGGAUCAGCACGAUAAUCGCCUCCAACUAAGAUUCCUCUGCCAUCGGUUCCCAAAGACCGGAACUUGUUGGAUCCGACAAAUUGCUUCAAUUGCGUUCAUUAAGACUUGCAUGGCUCCAAGAUAUUGUGCUGAGGGUUAAUGAUACAUUUUGGAAAUAAAUCAUUUUAAAUGUGUUUAAUGCACAUUGAGAGGCAUGUUUGAGCACAUAUAAUCCCAUUAGCUCAGUGGUUGCAUUAUAUUCUUAAUUACUGUCGGUUUGUGCAUUCAGACUUGUGUUUU